CUGCAGCAGCUGUGCAGUGAGUUUGUCUUAAGUUUAUUAAUUUUCUUAACAAGUUUUUCAUAGUUUAAAUUUAGAAUUCCAUUUUUUAGAGUAUUACUGCAUAUUUAGUGAAAGAGCCUACAGUUAAUGUUCACCUUAUAAUAGUGAAAGAGCCUACUUAUGUGUUGCAUUAAGUAGCCUCCUUCCCACCACCAGAGUGACCUUGUGCACUUCCUAUGUGCAUACAGAGACCUUGUGUGGGUACAAGUACCACAUAAUCUUGCCACAUAAACAAUGGGCAGCCAUAUUUACUGACCAUGUGAUUUCAGAGACAAGUGUUUUCAUACUCAUUGCGAUUUAGUUCCUCAAGUUUCAUCACUUUAUUCACUCUUUGUGGACCUUGAAAGACCCCAUUUUGGUAAGAAGCAUUUUCCUUGAUUUUAUGAGUUACUUUUAAUAAGUUUAGAGACAGAAUUCAGUGGAUUUUCUGAGAUUUUACAGUUGAUUAUUCAUUCAGCAAAAACAGAUUGAACUGCAAAUAGUGUUUAGAUUUGACAAAUCAGACUUCACAUUUUUUGGACUCAACUUGCCAUGUUUAAUAGAUUAGACUUUUCCAUGUACAUUUAUUAUAGUUUUCUUAUUAGUGUUUUUUCUGCUUUAUUAAAUUGCAGAUUGUUAUCUCAAUCUCAAUCUACUCAAUCUACUAUCAGCAAUCACCACCAUGUUGUCAAGUGGCUUCAUUGUGUUUUGUGUGUGGUUCCUGGAUUGAUUGCGAAUACCAGUCACUUGGGAGUCCUUUUCUCAUAAGUUUGAGAACUAGUAGUCCGAAACUCCUCUGGGCACAAGUGAGCCCCGAGGCAGCCACAAUAACAAUCAAAGGACAAUCAAAGUCACAACCAAAGUCCAGUCGUUCCAGAGCAUGCAGAGUGAAUAAACUCACGUCAUGUCGUUGCCAAUCCAGUCGUCUUCUAGUCAUAAGUUUGACAAGUCAAAGAAGAGUAACGCCGGUCGAGCAGCAAGUCACGCUGGUCAUGUGUCGUCUUACAAGUCAAGUAAGAUUUCCAGUCGAGCCAGUCAUGCCGUGUCCGUUACAUCAUCAUAUGCACGGCAUCAGGAAGAAAAGCUGGAACUAGCGAAAACAGCGGCUGCUCUGCAGGUCCAGCUAGACUAUGCAGAGAAAGAAAAACAGCUGAAACUCCUGGAGUUGGAGGCGGCAAAGAAAGUGGAGGAAAUGAAGAUCGAGAGAGACAAAAAGUUAGAACAACUUGAGAUAGAGAGGAAAUUGGCCGAAACCCGAGCUGUGAUGGAGGUGUACUCAUCGCUGGAGCGGGAUGACAGUUCAAUAUCAUCAGAGCUGUCCGGCAUCCCCGCCGACAAACAUGAACAUAUGCAGAGAUUCCUCAACUCGCAUCAAAGUGAUCACCCCCCUCCAUUGUGUCCAUCUGUGCCCCAAAGUGAAAGCGCAUAUGUGGACAAUGCGUCACUCCAACCUGUUGCCAUGGUUACAUCAGCCAAUCAGAACAGACCUGAUGAACAGUCCAGUGUACAUCAUUCUCAUCACCAAAGUGAAGGAGGACGGAUGACGAUGUCGUCGGCACUUGAGAAGUGCAUUACACAGUUGGCCGAGUCCAGUAGACAACAGCAUGAUGUAAACAAACGCCUUGUUGCAUCUAGCCAGCUACCAAAGAUAGCCGUCCCCCAAUUCAACGGUGAUCCACUACAGUACCCCCUGUGGCGGAACUCCUUCAAUUCCCUUAUCGACAGCCAACCCCUUGACGCCGACACCAAGCUUAACUACCUCAAUCAAUAUGUGACGGGAAAACCAAAGCACCUAGUGGAGCACUACAUGCUCAUCGGCACUGAAGAGGCCUACACGCAGGCAAGAAAAGUAUUGAACGAGAGGUACGGAAACAGUAGUGUAGUGAGCACUGCUUUCAUAAAGUAUGAGGGAAUGUCCAACUGUAUCCAAGUGUGUUCCCAACCAGACCAAGAAGGAGAAGGUGACCACUCCAUGAUUAUACCAGUGUUGGUUCGUAGUGAGAGUGAUCCAGCGAGGGAGUUCCUCGAAUAUGCCAUCUUGGACGAACAAUCCAACAGUUGCUUCGUGUCAAAGAGUUUGUGUGAAAGGAUGAACCUGCAGGGACCAGAGACGCAGUUACUACUCAGUACAAUGCAAGAGCAAAAUGUGCAAAUCACCAGCAGUCGCAUAUCCGGGCUUGAAGUGCUUGAUGUCAAUAGAGAGCACACUGUUAAACUUCCAGUCUGCUUCAAGCGGGACAGCGUUCCAGCCAAGAAAUCCCAGAUACCGAAACCUGCGGUUGUGCAUCAAUGGCCCCACCUGAAGUCUCUGGCAGAUAAACUCAUGCCCUAUGAUCCAACCCUGCACAUCUCUCUUCUCAUCGGAAGCAAUUGCCCAAGAGUGGUUAGACCCAGAGAAAUCAUCGCCGGUGGAGAGGAUGACCCCUACGGCCAGAGGUCACUACUAGGCUGGGGAGUAAUUGGGAACGUUUGCAAGGCUGCCCGACAAACCGAUGACCAACCUGCAGUAUGCAACAAAGUGGUUGCUGCUGAACCACAAAGCUACCAACACUUCGUCUAUGGUACGAGGGUGAAAGAAGUCUUAAACCCAGAGAAAGUUCUCAAGGUGUUGGAAUCCGACUUUGUCGAGAAUCAUCAGGGGAAGCCAUACUCAGUAGAAGACGAGAAGUUCCUGAGCGUGAUGGAAAAAGGAAUAAAGAAAGCAUCCGAUGGCCACUACGAAAUGCCACUACCACUGAAGUCUGACGCUGCGACCCUGCCUAACAACCGCCAACUUGCAGUUAAGAGAUGGAAUCAGCUGUCCGCCAGAUUCCGAAAGAAUGUGAAGUUUCGUGAAGACUACAGGGAGUUCAUGAAAGAUGUUAUCCCAAAGUGUGCAGAGAGAGUCCCCCUAGACCAACUGGAAGUUGAUGAGGGAAAGGUAAACUAUGUGCCGCACACCGGAGUCUAUCACCCCAAAAAGCCGGACAAGAUAAGAGUGGUGUUCGACUGUUCAGCCAAAUAUGGAGGCGUUUCACUCAACGACCAUCUCCUUCAAGGUCCUGACUUGACUAAUGGUCUUCUCGGUGUUCUGUGUAGAUUCAGGAAAGAGGAAGUGGCCUUUAUGGUUGACGUGAAGAGCAUGUUCCAUCAGUUCUAUGUAGAAGAGAAGUACCGUGACCUGCUGCGAUUCCUAUGGUGGGAAAAUGGUGAUCCAGAGAAGCCAGUGGUCGAAUACAGAAUGAAAGUUCACGUGUUUGGGGCCGCUAGCUCACCAGGCUGUGCCAACUUCGGGCUGAAGAGAGCAGCAGAUGACGGAGAGGAUGAGUUUGGAGCAGAGGCAGCAAACUUCAUUCGUAAUGAUUUCUACGUAGACGAUGGACUGAAGUCACUACCCACAGUGGAAAGAGCAUCAUUACUGAUCAAAGCCAGUCAGAAUCUGUGUGGAAAAGCUGGGUUGAAACUGCACAAAAUCAUCUCCAACAAAAGAGAGCUGUUGGAAAAAUUCCCAGCAGAAGAGCGAGCCAGUGGUACAAGGGAACUAGAUCUGAAGGUUGAUGUACUACCAAUGGAAAGAGCCCUGGGCGUCACUUGGUGUGUCGAGAGUGACACCUUUCAGUUCCAUAUUGAGUUGAAAGACAGACCAUUCACAAGACGAGGCAUACUUUCAACUGUAAGUUCGAUCUAUGACCCAAAUGGCUAUGUGGCUCCAGUAACCCUCAGAGGGAAGAGAAUUUUGCAGCAGAUGUGUCGCGACAAACUUGAUUGGGACAGUCCAGUGCCAGAGAUGCUACAACCUGAGUGGGAGAAAUGGCGUUUAGAGGUUCUCGGCUUAGAGAAGAUCCAAAUCCAGCGAUGUUUUAAGCCCAAGGAUUUUGGAACUGUGACAGCAGUUGAAUUGCAUCAUUUUUCCGAUGCAAGCCAAGAUGGUUAUGGUCAGUGUUCCUACCUGCGACUAGUCGAUGAGAACAAUAAGGCACAUUGUUCCUUUGUAGUCGGUAAGUCCAGAGUGGCCCCUCUGAAGCUCGUCACCAUCCCCCGGCUAGAACUUGCAGCAGCAACUGUCUCAGCAACUGUGAGUGAAUUCCUGCGACGAGAGCUAUGUUACGAGAUGCUCCACGAAUAUUACUGGACAGACAGCAAGAUUGUUUUGGGAUACAUAAACAAUGAAGCAAGACGAUUCCAUGUCUAUGUUGCUAACAGAGUGCAGCAAAUCAGAAGUCUGACUAACCCAGAGAGAUGGAUGUACGUAGACACCAAAGAAAAUCCUGCUGACGAAGCAUCACGUGGUCUGACAGCAAAGGAACUUAUAGAGAAGUCCUGCUGGUUAUCCGGUCCAGAUUUCUUGCAGAAGGAUGGCCCCUUUCAACCCCAGCCAGCUGUAGUUGCACCACUGAGUGAAUCAGACCCAGAUGUGAAAAGAGUCUCAGCUUUCGUGACAACAGCUGAGAACAACGCACGACAUCAUCACUUCGAAGUGAGCCGACUUGAUUGCUUUUCAUCCUGGAAUAGAGCUUGCAGGGCAGUCGCUCUUUGUCUGAGGUUGAAGACAAAGUUGAGGAACAGAGUAGUGAAGAAACCUUGUGAAGGGAAAGUUUGUUCCACUCCUGCGAAGCAAGCAAUCACUGUGGCAGAACUACAGAAUGGAGAGAUGGAAAUCAUCAAAAAUGUUCAGCAUGAACAUUUCAGUGUCGAGUUACAGGCCCUACAAGAACUUGGUGUAAUCGGGCAAGUCACCGAUGGAAAGACUGCAAGGGUGAGAAAUGACUACCUGAAGAAGACGAGUUGUCUGUACCGGCUAGAUCCCUUUCUAGAUGUCGAUGGCAUCAUCCGAGUGGGUGGCCGUAUUGCCAGAUCUGAUCUUCCAAUUGAAGCUAAGCAUCCAGCCAUUCUCCCUCACAAAGGUCAUGUCACCCAGUUGUUGAUUCGCCAUAUUCAUGAGAAGGUGAAUCACAUGGGCAGAGGAAUGACACACAACGAGCUACGUCAGAGAGGGUACUGGGUAAUUGGUGGUUCAUCAGCUGUGUCCAACUACAUCUCAAGAUGUGUGGCCUGCCGCAAACUGCGUGGAUCGCUGCAGCGACAGAAGAUGUCUGACCUACCCGUAGAUCGACUAGAGCCAGCGCCCCCAUUUUCCUAUUGUGCUGUUGACUACUUCGGUCCGUUUUUGGUGAAAGAGCGUAGGAGUCAAGUGAAACGUUAUGGUGUCCUGUUCACAUGUAUGGCGUCUAGAGGUGUUCAUCUAGAGACAGCAAAUUCCUUAACGGCAAGUUCUUUCAUCAAUGCCCUUACAAGAUUCCAGAGCAGGAGAGGACCUGUACGUCAGCUGCGUUCAGACCAAGGUACAACAUUCAUCGGUGCUCGGAGUGAGCUGAGAGAAGCGCUAGCUGAGAUGGAGCAGGACAGAGUCCACCAGUACCUGUUAGAGAGCAACUGUGACUGGAUUCCCUUCAAGCUGAACACACCGCAUGCCAGUCACAUGGGAGGCGUGUGGGAGAGACAGAUAGGUACAGUACGCCGUAUACUAGAGGGUCUUCUUCUUAAAACCACGACACAACUGGAUGAUGAAUGUUUCAGGACCUUCAUGACUGAGGUAGAAGGCAUCAUCAAUUCACGACCUCUCACGACAGACUAUCUCUGCUCAUCAGACGCACCAGAGCCAUUGACACCCAAUCAUCUGUUCACCAUGAAACCCAAGGUGGUUCUGCCUCCGCCUGGAAAGUUCCAGAAGGAAGAUGUCUAUGCCCGCAAAUGGUGGAGACGUGUCCAGUUCUUGACCAAUGAGUUUUGGGUGAGAUGGAGAAAGGAGUUUCUGCACCAUCUUCAAGAGCGCAAAAAGUGGGUCAAUCCAGAAAGAGAUCUACAAGUAGGUGAUGUCGUGAUCUCCAAGGAAGGUGAGCAGACCAGGAACCAGUGGCCACUGGGACGCGUAGUGGAGACCUACCCGAGCAAUGACGGAAGAGUCAGGUCAGUGAAGCUCUUGAUGGCCGAUGGCACACGAGACAACCUUGGCAGACGGCAACACUCUCCAUCACUCCUUGAUAGACCAGUACACAAGCUUGUUCUGUUGGUACCCGCAGAGAAGCCUGAAGCUCAAGAGACCAGAGAAGUCCCCACCGAAGAGCCAAACUAAAGAUCCUGCCAGAAGAGACCCACUGCGGACGACAAUCUAUUUAGUUUACGAACUUUACAUUUUAACUGUUCUUGUUACUCAUUAGUAGGUAGAUACCAAUUUAACGAGCCAUCACUAGUCUGCAUCUGAGGAGCAGUGCGUG